CGCCGCCCGACGCGCAGGUGACUCCCCGCCUCCUGCGCCCUCGGCCUCCUGCGACGCGAACCUUCGGCGCGGGCGCGGCUGUGCGCGGCGCGGGGCGCUCCCGGCGGCAUCCAGAUACCUCUCUUUCCUUCCUGAAUGGACAUUUGAAAGUGCCCUUGUCAAAGAUUUGCAAGCAUGGAGUCCUCAUCAAUGCUUUCCUCCUUGAAUGACGAGUGUAAAUCAGACAAUUACAUUGAACCUCACUAUAAGGAAUGGUACCGAGUGGCUGUGGACACGCUGAUUGAACAUGGGUUAGAUGCAUACGAAGAAUUUCUUGCCAAGGAACGAGUGUCAGACUUUCUAGCUGAGGAAGAAAUUAAUUACAUUUUGAACAAUGUUCAAAAAGUUGCACAAAGCACAGCACAUGGUCCUGAUAAUUCCUGCGAUGAUGCAUCAUCUUCAGGGACUUACUGGCCUGUGGAGUCCGACGUGGAAGCCCCAAAUCUUGACUUAGGCUGGCCGUAUGUAAUGCCUGGACUCUUAGGGGGGACGCACAUUGAGCUCCUCUUUCAUCCACCAAGAGCACAACUGCUUACGAUUAAGGAAACCAUUCGGAAGAUGAUCAAAGAAGCAAGAAAGGUCAUUGCCUUAGCGAUGGAUGUAUUUACAGACGUGGACAUUUUCAAAGAAAUUGUGGAGGCAUCAACUCGAGGAAUAUCUGUGUACAUUCUGCUUGAUGAGUCCAAGUUUAGUCAUUUCCUGAGCAUGACCGAGAAACAGGGCUGUCACGUUCAGCGUCUCAGAAAUAUUCGAGUGCGGACAGUAAAAGGUCAAGAUUAUCUUUCCAAAACAGGGGCAAAAUUUCAUGGAAAAAUGGAACAGAAAUUUUUGCUGGUUGACUGCCAGAAAGUUAUGUUUGGUUCCUACAGCUACAUGUGGUCAUUUGAAAAAGCACAUCUCAGCAUGGUUCAGAUAAUCACGGGACAACUUGUUGAGUCUUUCGACGAGGAGUUUAGAACUCUCUACGCCAGGUCCUGUGUCCCCAGCUCUUUUGCCCCAGAAGAGUCAGUCAGGGUGAACCACGGCAAAGCCCUCUGGGAGAACGGCACUUACCAGCGCUCCGUGUCUUCCUUAGCUUCUGUUUCCAGCCAAAGAAACCUUUUUGGCAGACAAGACAGCAUUCAUAAACUAGAUUCUAGCUACUUCAAAAACAGAGGGAUAUAUACUCGCAAUGAACAUGACAAAUUCAACUUAAGAAAUCAUGCCUACAAACCUCACUUUGUUCCCAACUUUAAUGGUCCAAUCCGUCAGCCUCAGCACAGUCAGUUAAAUGAAAAUUGGAAGAGGCACAGUUAUGCCGGGGAACAGCCAGAAUCGACGCCAUACUUGCUGCUCAACAGGGCUCUGAAUCGGAAUGUUAAUGCUCCUGGGAACUGGAAAAGGCCUUCAGACAGUCUCAGCGUGGCAUCGUCAUCCCGGGGCGGCUACGGAGGCCACCAGCACACACCUGCCCAGAGUUUUGCUGACCGCCUUGCCCAGAGGAAGACGACCAAUCUUCCAGAAAGGAAUUCCAACGUGCGGAGGUCUUUUAACGGGACAGAUAAUCAUAUUCGCUUCUUGCAACAACGCAUGCCAACCCUUGAACAUACCACAAAGUCAUUUUUGCGUAACUGGAGAAUUGAGUCCUACUUAAAUGACCAUUCGGAAGCUGCCCCUGAUUCCAACGGAUCUGCUCCCACCGACAGGUUUGAGGGCUAUGAGGGACAUGAGAAUUUGAAAGCCAGCGCCCUGUACACUCACUCUCGGCUUCGUUCCUCUCUCGUGUUUAAACCCACUUUACCUGAGCAGCAGGAGGUCAACAGUUGUACAACUGAUUCCUCAAAUUCAACUGUCGUUGGUUCCCAGGGAAGUGACACACCUAGAAAGAUCCCAGACACCCCAACAGGCGCACAGCUUAUGACAGACAAACCCUCAGAGGAGUCAACACCCAAGUUCUCAAUACAGCCAGAGGCACCAAAAAUGCAUACCUUACAGGUUCCUGAAAGCCACCCACCAGCUUUAAACUCAACUACAAAUGGCCCUACGGAGUCAAACAACUAUGUAUAUACAACCUUAUGUGCAAACAAGCAGACAGAAAACCUAAAGAGUCAGAAAAAUGAGAAUCUGCUUAAAAGGCGCAGUUUCCCAUUCUUUGACCAUUCAAAAGCCAAUAUGAAUCAUGGAAAUAGUAAGCAUUAUGUGUAUAGCACACUUACCAGGAAUCCAGUGAGACAACCAGAAAAACCUAAAGAGGAUUUGUUAAAAAGUUCUAAAAGCAUGCACAAUGUGACCCAUGGUGUGGAAGAGGAGGAGGAGGGGGAAGAGGAGGUUCCCAAGGGAGAUCCUCCAAGUGGCACUGCUACCAAGUCAAUUUCCAUGGCUGCGUUGCUGGAUGUGAAUAAAGAGGAGCCCAACAAAGAAGUCACUUCCAAGAAAGAAGUGAAGGGUUCCCCAAAUUUUUUGAAAAAGGGAUCUCAGAAGUUAAGGUCAUUACUUAGCCUUGCCCCAGAAAAGAAAGACAAUCUAUCCAAAAACAAAGCACCUGCCUUUUACAGAAUGUGUAGUAGUUCUGACACCUUAAUUUCUGAGGCUGAAGAGAAUCAAAAACAAAAAAAAUCAGAACCCAAAAAUGAUUCAUCACCUAGGAGAAAGCAUUCCUCUUCAUCCAACUCUCCAGGCAGCAUCCACAAGAGUAAGGAAGAUGUAGCAGGACAUUCACCCCAGAGGAUACGUUCUCCAUCCAAUGAAAGUAACAAAACCAUAGCUUCUUCAGGUCCAGCUGAAAGCAAGUUCUCAGAAGGAGCAGGAGAUGCCUCUGCCCCCAGAUUCAACACCGAGCAGAUCCAGUACCGAGAUUCAAAGGAGAUUAAAGCAGUUGUUGUUCCUGAAAGAAAACCAACUUCUUCUCCAAGAUCAAAGCCCAAUGAUGAGCUUCUGAGAACUCAUUCAAUUGAUCGGCGUGUUUACAGUCGUUUUGAGCCAUUUUGUAAGAUUGAAAGCUCUAUCCAGCCAACAAGCAACGUGCCAAAUAGCAGUACACACCGCCCAGAAGUGAAAUCCUCAACUAUGGGCAAUAGUUAUGGCAGGUCCAGCCCAAUGCUUAAUUAUAACACUGGUGUUUACCACUCAUUUCAGCCAAAUGAAAACAAAUUUCGAGGAUUUAUGCAGAAGUUUGGAAACUUCAUACACAAAAAUAAAUGAGCUACUAUAAUUACAAAUAGACUUUAAAAUAUAAAAUCAAUGUGGCUGUAAAUAGUUGUCCAAAGAACAUUAUGGAAUGUUAGCAUGGAAAAAUUAGCAUAUUUUUAUAAUAUGCUAAUAGAUUUCUAUGGGGGCAGAAUUUGAGGUAUGAUGUAUGUGUUUACCAACUCACAUAUGUACAGUAUUGUUCUGUGUGAUAAAAUUAGUUGUGCUUAAUUACACUAUAGAUGGAAUGUCUAUAAAUACAUGAUUUUUAAAUGGUAAGACAAGUGUAAUGAAAUUGUUUUCUAUCUGCUUGUCUUAAAUGGAAGCUUUAGUGGAGAGAUGGUGUAUGGAUUUUAGCCAUUCAUUGCAAACUCUUUCCUUAUUAAAAAUGAUCAUGACACUGUCA